AUGGGGUCAGCGGUUAUAUUAGGCGUCAUACUCCUAAUUCCAAUCCUUCUGAUUCCUCGCUUCAUAAGAUGGCCCAACUCAGUCCAAUCCCCAACCAAACUUCUCCGCCUGUGGCAUCAGCGCCCCAAACAGUCCAGCGAGAUCAUCUCGUUACACGUGUACCCCAUAAAAUCCUGCCGAGGCCUAGAAGUCGAAUCAACAGUUCUAAAACAGCACGGUCUUGACCUCGAUCGCCGCUGGAUGCUCAUCGACACAACCUCAAACACUUUCCUCACCAUCCGUCAAAUCCCCGACAUGACCUGCAUCCGCACCGCCCUAAGUGCCGACGGCGACGAGUUGGUUGUGAGUAUUCCAAAUUCCGAAAUCAAUGAAUCCAGCCACGAAAAAGAUCAUAAACAUCAAUUCCACACAAUCCGCAUCCCUUCCCAUCCGACCCCGCAAUGGCUAGCGGAAAAUACAAACCUUGGCCCCGUCCACAUCUGGGAUACGGAGACAGACGGGUACAGAUACAGCGAUAAAAUAAACGCCCCCUUCUCCGCCUUCCUACACCGCGACGUCGCCCUCGUCUAUAAGGGCCCGACCCCGCGUGUGCUGAAGGGUAACGGUGCCCCCCGCCGUCUGGGUCGCGUCCAGACAACCGGUUUUCCAGACGUGCACCCGGUAUUGAUUGCGUCGGAGUCUUCCCUCGCAGAGCUCAACGUUCGUCUGGGCAAGGUGGGUGUGGACCCGAUUACUGUCGAGCGGUUCCGUCCGAAUAUCGUUGUUCGCGGAGGCGCGCCAUGGAGUGAGGAUUCAUGGAAGUUGGUUCGCAUCACCGAUCGGAAGGCUGGCGGUAUCUCUGGUGACUUUGCUGGCGAUGACAAGGCUGUCAUUCAGUCUCCGCUUGAUCUGGAUGUUGUGGCGCGCUGUGCACGCUGCCAGGUCCCUAAUGUUGACCCAGACACGGCGCUCAAGAAUAAGAAGCAGCCGUGGGAUAUGCUUGUUUCGUACCGUAGGGUUGAUGAGGGGAUUAAGUACAAGCCUUGUUUCGGGAUGUUGAGUGCGCCACGUAAUGAGGGUGCCAUUGAGGUUGGGAUGAAGUUGGAGGUUUUAGAGGAGACGACUGAGCAUCGAUACAUUACUGGCUUUUAG